AUGAGUGGAGUAUACGCAGUAGAAUCCACCAAAGAACUGAUUAGACAAUAUUUUAAUAACGUUAAAUAUUUCUCCCAGCUUGUGGCCAAGCAGAAGGAUCAGCAAUUUGAAGUCGACUUCAAAGUUCAGGUAUGAUUUAUGUUUUUAUUGCGUAUUUUAAAUUCAGGUGGAGCGAAUUGUUAGCGAGAUCGUGAAAUACAUUGAGAACUACGAUAUCGACAGCUUAAAUGCGUCAUGGGAGUUCUUCAACACCCAUUUGUUUAAUAAUUUGACAGAGGUAUGAUUAUCCUUCAAAAAUUUCUUUAUUUUGCUAUUACAAUUUCAGGCGGAAUCGAAAACUUUGAACAAACUGGAGGCAGACAUUUUCAAGUUGUAUUUGGCUAAUUGUGCUCAAAAUAAGAAGACCGGCAAGUGUGUGCAGUUCUUUGAGAAGAUGAGCCACAUUUUGACGAACAACCCUUUGUGGACAGACUGGUUUUGUAAGUUCUUUCUUCUUUCUGUUUAAAUUUUUAGGUGUUCCUUAUUUGCCGGAUCCUGCCAGCGAUAAAAGGUUUUGUAACUACUUUUGUAAGACUUUCCACGAGAUUCUGCUCACAACCUUACAUAAUUUCAUUUCAAUUUCGUUGUCAAAACUGUGCAAGCCUCCCCUGAUUGGGUAUUGCCAAGCUCCAAAUGAAGAGGGAGAUCUUGUAAGUCGAGUACAAAUUUCGUUUAUAUUCUUUUUGCCUUUAGGGUCUUCAAUCUCGAACGCAAAGUUCCAUUCAACUUCAAAACUCCAUGGUUGAGAUGUUUAUGGACGAUUUUUCAAUCAUAGCAAAGAGUUCCGAAAAGACUAAGGCGAAACCAACAAUAAAAACGAUGUUGAAGAGCUUCACAAGGAGAUCAAGCGAUGGAUCCUGA